CUGCACGGCGCCACCUGAGGAGCAGCCCCACAGGUGGUCUCUGUGGCCUUCCUCCCUCUCUCACGUGGGAGCGGAGCGUGUGAUUUGCAGCCCCUGGGGGUGGGUUUCACCUCAGGAUCCAAGAGAGCUUCCUGCUGGAGCCUGGCGUGGGCCUGCCUGACACUGCGGGGAGUGUGCAGGGGUCCCCGGCAUCCAGAAUCUGGGUCGGUAGGACUUGGUGUCCAUGGCGCCUUGCCUGGGCUCUCCCACGUGCUUAGGAGCAGUAGGAAGUGCGGGGCCGGUGUGGAGAGGACCUCAGGAUGUGGGGAGGGAGGAGCCUCCCGCAGAGGAGCCAGCUCUGGAUUUGAGGGGGGCCGUGGGGGGGAGAGAGGGCAGGACACCCCAGGCGGGGCCUUGCGUUGGAGAGCCCCUGAGCCCCGGCAGGGUUGGGAGGGGAUUAGGGGCAAUGGAAGGUGGGCUCCCUCCCGCCCCUCUGAGCCGUGCAUCUAUCACCUCGCGUCCCUGAACCCAGGAUGGCCCUCCCCACCCCCAUCCCUGCCCGCAGUCCUGGAUGGCAAGGACCCCGCAUCGCCAGCCAGAGGCAGUCUGGUGGGGGCUGUGAGCCCAGCUGCCGUGGGCAACACCCGGGGCCACGCAGACUCACCGGGAGCGGGGCCUCGGCACGUGCCCCGUGCGGCUGGCAGCUUCUCUGAGGUGGGCCAGGCACCAGGUGCUGGUGACGGGGAGGGUCUCUGUCCCCCGGGAAUGGGCUCAGUCCCAGGCCGGACAGGCAGCCCGGGACAGAGUGUGAGUGGUGGCCAGCCUUCCUGUCCCCGUGGGGACAUCGAAGAAGGGGCCUGGGAUCCCCACAGCCCCGGGUUCAGGACCGGGAGUUGGGGAACCCCGAGCUCAGAUCUCAGUGCCGCCCGCACGCACCAUGUGACCUGGACCAGUCCAGAUGCGGCUCCCGCCGUGCUCCCGGCUGAGGGCGCAUGUGUGGCCCACCGGGCGGGAGGGCUGAGCACCGACAGCCUGAGUGUCCCCGCUGAUGCCUGUGCUCUCUGGGUGGCCCGUCCUUGUGAGCCGCACAGACCUGCACGCCCCCCCCCCCACCCCCUCGGGCAGCACCGUGAACUGUUUCCUUCCUGGGUCGGAUCCCAGACGGGCUGGGCCCACACUCCAUCCUGGGCCUGAGGCUCAGCGAGGGCCCUCCCGGCUUCGGCCCCAUUCCCGGCUGCUCCCAGCUGCCCCCAGGCUGCCGCCCCCUCAGCAGGGGUCCCCUUGGGCUCUUCCAGCUGCUGUGCUGAAGGCACCGUGUCAAGGUCACCGUGACACGAGGGCUGAAUCCAGCAGCCACUUCUGCCGCGUCUCGUGGGCGUCCACCUCCGUCUCCACCCUCUGGGCCGGCCUCUCCCUGAGCCUGGAGGCCCGGAGGUUUGCCUGUCCCCAGCCGGCCCUCCCCGAGGCUCUCCGGCCCUGGCCGCAAGCGCAUCUGAGGGCUCAUGACCCCACAGUUAUUUUUACAUCUCCAGACGCCCACGUCCAGCCACCUGCGUGUGCGGUGUCCGAUGGGCCUCUCCAGCUCACGUGUCCAGGACGGCGUGGCCCAAGCCCCGCCCCCGCAGCCCCCCCCCGGGGCCCCCCCCCCCCCCCCCCCCCCCGCAAUCCAGUGUGAUGGCUGCUCUUCCUGCCCACGGAGAAGUCCUGUGGGGAAGGUCCCGUCAGGCUGUCAUCAUGGUUAAUGCAGAGCCUGACCCUGGCCCCCUCUCCCCGCCCAGCCUGGGCCAAUAGCACCUCUUGCCUGACCAGCCGCAGGAGCCUGGAGGCUUCUGCUCUCACCCCAGGCGUCUUCUCUGGGCGCAGCCAGGCUGAGCCUCCUUGCCUACAGCCCCCAGGGCUCACCAGGCCCUCCUGACCAGCAGACAGCGUGGACCACUCUUCCCUCCCUCUCCUGCCCGCAGGCCCUCUGGGUUCCUACCUCUGGGCCUUUGCACUGGCUGUUCCCUGUAGCACAGCACCGAUCCCUGCAGGGCUGCUGCACUGGCUCCUUGCAUCACUUGGGAGUCAUUUUUGUUGUGCCCUCUGAGAGAGUCUCGGCCCCGCGUUGGGGCCCCCGCAGCCACUGCCAUCCCCUCAACAGUACUUCCCAUGGUGGCCCCCUUUGACCCUGUCCCCUCUUGGGUGUCAGCUCUGUGAGGGCUGGGCUCUGUCCCCCGGGUCCCCCGUCUGCUCACAAGCACAAUGAACUGGGCCGAGGGCUUCUGGGGAGACGCACCAGCCUGUGGCGCAGGGUGGGAGGUGUGGGAAGGCUCUGAGGGGUCCCGGCAAGGCGGAAGUUGCUGGAGGACAGGGGCGGACUCAGGGGCGAGCCAUCUUCCCCAGUGCCGAGUGAUGCUGUGGGGCUGUCCCAGGCCCACGCUGAGGUCCCCUGCCAGGCCACCCUGAGCUCGCCGGCAGGGUGGUGAGGCUGUGUUAACACCUGGCCUGGGCCCGGUGGGUGGCGUCCAUCCCGCAGACGGAAAGGGGGGCUCUGAGCGCUGGGGGUGGGUCGACAGUCGUGGACGGGGUCAGCCAGCCUCCCACCCCGGAAGCCGUGCACAGGGAGGGGCCCGGCGGCCACAGCAGUCACGUGGAGGUGUGCGUGUAAGUGUGUGCGUGCGUGGAUGUCUGUGUGUGUUGUGUGGCUGAGUGCACGUGUGUGUGUGCCUGUCAGCCCUCGGUGCCUUGGUUUACCUCCUUGCCUCCUCUGCCUCCUAUCACCGUGAUGGCCCCACGUGCUCCAGGGAGCCGCCCGCUGCCCCGGGCCAUGCCCUCUCUGGGCUCGUGGACGGCUCUGCCUCCCGCGCCUGGAGCCACGUCACAGACACCCUUCAGCCCUCCUGCUGUGAACAGGGCGCACCCGGCCCGCGUGGACAGGAGCUGGAUAGAGGCCCUUCCAGUGGGUGGCCCAGCGUGCUCCCUGAGCGGCUGACCCGGAGGCCUCACCGCAGGACCCGUCCCUCUGGGCUUCCCGUGAGGGGCGCGGCUGUGGGGUGCCCCGUGGGGCUCUCUGGCGGGGGGGGGUGCGUUCCUCAGCCCUGUGUCUGCAGGGUGCAGGCAGUGUCAGUGCCCCCCCCCACCCCGGCCGACCCUGCUUUGUCACGGGCAGGAAGGGAGAAUUUCUGUUCCUCUGGUGCACUACCCCCCGGGGGCGGGCUUUAAAAAUAAGACCAACUCAUUGCCCUCAGGGACGUGGCGGGGAAGUGGCGGGGACGUGGUGGGAGCAGCUGCAGUCGCAGGGCCCCAUGGGCCGCAUAGUCACCGCGUCCACCCAGCCCCCUCCCCACGGUCCCAGCCGAGCUGCUGGGGGGCUCGGAGCACUGAGCAUGGGGUGGACCCGAGCUGCUCCGGCCGAGACCAGGCCGUGGCCGUGGCUGUGCCCGGCCUUUCCGUCCACGUUUAGAAACGCGAGCAGUGACUUGGAGGACGUCCCAGGUUCCUGGGCUGCAGAGACCCGCUCUCUCGUGGUCCCCGGGGCUGGAGGUCCAAAAUCAAGGUGUCGGCAGGGCCACGUUCCUCGCGGAAGGCCCUGGGGAGGCUCCCACCUGCCUCUUCCAGCUCCUGGAGGCUGAGGCGCUCCGCCUGCGGCCCCAUCACUCUGCGACGGUCCUCACGUGGCCUCCUCCUCUCUGCGUCUGUCCUCUGGCCUGUGCCUUGUGAGGACGCUCGCGGUUAGAUCUGGGCUCCCCCGGACGACCCGGGACCACCUCACCUGGAGGUCCUUAACUUGACCAAAAAGGUGGUGCUCCCACGCUCUGGGGUCAGGCGUGGACGCAUCUUCCGGGGCCUGAUCGGCCCCCGGCGGAUGGGCGAGGGUGCCCGCGGUUGUGUCCAUACGGGACGGGAUGGCGGCCGCUCAGCCCGGAGGAGAUUGGACAGGCUCGGGGACACGUGUGGCGCUCACACGCGGGCCCCCAAAACCCGUCCCAUGGGUGCGCAGGUCUGGGAUGGGGGCGCCCGCCCGGCCGCGGGAGGCAGCCGGAGGGCGUGGCCCUUGUAGCCGCCUCGACUCUAGCCCCGGAGUCGGCCGACCGCAGCCCCGAGCCACGGCGGGCCGCUUGUAGUAAAGUUGUAUCGGAACACGGCCACUCACUCGCGUGUUACUCUGUUGUCCUCACAGUCGGGCCGCCGCGACGGACCUUGUGUGGCCCAUGAAGCCAAACGGUUACUGUCUGGCUCUUUACAGGAAGGUGUGCUGACCCUGCUUGUGGCUAUAUUCCUGGGAGCAUAACUCCUAGAACAAAGGAGGUGACAGUCUCGCUCUGCCGUGCAGGUCGGGCCGGGCCUAAAGUGACAGAUCACCCCGCACCGUCCUCAUGCGGGGCACCGGGGAUGUCACUGUGCACAAGCGGAAGGGGGCCCGCCUUCAAGAGCUCACCCGCGGGGCUGGUGGGAGUGGGGACAGCAACCGGACAAGGCACAGACCCGGCUAGAAAAAGUGCUGUGAGGGACCGCAGAGCCUGCUGCAGGGACCGGGUGGCGGCUGCUUGUCGGACCAGGGACCGGGACUGUGGGGGCCGGGAGGCGGGGCUGUCCCCUCACGUGUGCUACCUCCUCCCUGCAGCCCUCCCUGGCUCCCUUUGUCCCGUGCGGAGGCCCUUACCCAGGCUCUUUCUUGGCUCCGGGGCCUGACUUCUCCGGUGACACGUGAGGGGAUGUGUCUGCAGUGACACAUGUCCUUUGCAGCCCGUGUGCCUUAUUUCUCUGUGGCCCGGCUGUGAGCUUCCAAAGGGAGUGGGCCGAAGCCGCAGCCUCUUCCCGGGCUGGUACUGGGAGAGAACACACACCAGAAGGCUCAGGGGAGCACGUGGGUUUCUGUAGCUUCUGGGCUUUUCCCCCUCAAAACGGGAACGUGUUUGCUUUUUCCUGAUGUGAGCGUCUCAGACACGAAGGACGGGUUUGCGAGCGGGACGGGCAGCAGGCUCGCGGUCCCCCUGACUUUGCGGCCGCUUCAUGCCGCAAGGACAGAGGUGCGUCGGGGGCUGACGCUGCCCUCGGCCCUGACCAGGGAGCUCUGUGGACCCCCGUGGGCCCUCGGAGGGGCCGUUGCUGUGGUUUGCCGGGCCUCGCACGGCAGGAAGCACGUGGCUCACAACCGUGACUUGUCCCCGAUUCGGCUGCAAUGAUCCGCGUGUGUCGAGUUCUUGCGGGAUGUGGUGGUCACGUGGGUUGGGGGGGCCUGCUCUCAGAGGCCAGAGUGGGAACAUCACCGCGCCCCUCCCGCGGGGUCCCCACAGCUUCCUCCCCCACCCUCUCCGGCUCUCACCAGGGGCCUUAUUCCUCCAGCUUUCUCGUGGGAUUUGGGGCAUCUCACACUGAAAGGUGCCUCGGCGUCACGUCGGGCCCCCGAGCCCUCCACCCUCACAGAAGAACGGGUGGCCGGGGCCCAGGCAGGUGGGGACGCUCUGUUAGGCAGGCCCGCGGGGGGCCCAGGGCCAUCUGAUCCUCUGUGGCGUGCCUGGACCAGUGCAGGUGGACGGCGUGGGGGCCGCGCCCGGGGCCGCGUGCGGCCUCAGCGGCUCUGGCUUGCUGUCCCGCUGGGAUGACGGGGCCGGCGACCAUGAUGCUGACGGAAAACGGGGACUCUAGGACUGAGGCGUGGCACCUGCCAGUCUUGCGGGCAGGCUGGCGUGGGGUCCGGCAGUGGGCCCGAGGGGGCAGUGGCUUCCUCCCCGAGGGCUGGAGUCCAGCGCACCCCCUGGAGGACGAGAGACCCAGGAGGUGCACGGGAAGGGGGCCCGUCCCCGCAGGCCUCGGGCCACAGCUCCCGUGGGCCCGGCGGCCCCUGAGGGUGGCCCCUGUGGGUCCCAGAGCCUGGGGCAGGGUGGGUGCCCUGGUGGGGGAUAGGGUCGGGCCCAAGUGUCCCGGGCCCACUUCUGCCCCUGUGGCCCGUGGGCCGUGCAGGGUGGGCGACGCCCCUGGAAGAUGAAGAGACUGUGCCUCCUCAGGGCGGCUGGGUGGCUCGCUUGGGGUCGUACCUCAAAGCCGGGACUCUCCGGGCGGGGGACGCCGGGGGCUUGGGGCGUGGUGUUGCCGGCCCACCGUGCCUCGUCCGGCGCCCUCGCAGACUGCCUCCUGAUGCUGGCCUACAAGGACAAGUCUGAGCGAACCAAGGGCCUGCGGGAGCGCAGCAGCCUGAUGCUGGAGGACAUCUGCGGCCUGGAGCCCGGCCUGCCCUACGAGGGCCUGGCCCACACGCUGGCCAUCGUCUGCCUGUCCCAGGCCGUCAUGCUGGGCUUCGACAGCCGCGAGGCCAUGUGCGCCUGGGACGCUCGGAUCCGCUACGCGCUCGGUGAGGUGCACAGGUUCCACGUGACGGUGGCUCCAGGCACCAAGCUGGAGAGCGGCCCCGCCACCCUUCACCUCUGCAACGACGUCCUCGUCGUGGCCAGGGACAUCCCUCCGGCUGUCGCGGGGCAGUGGAAGCUGUCUGACCUCCGGCGCUACGGGGCCGUGCCCAGCGGAUUCAUCUUCGAAGGCGGGACCAGGUGUGGGUACUGGGCCGGAGUCUUCUUCCUGUCCUCAGCCGAGGGAGAGCAGAUCAGCUUCCUGUUCGACUGCAUCGUCCGCGGCAUCUCCCCGACCAAGGGCCCCUUUGGGCUGCGGCCGCUUCUCCCAGACCCGAGCCCUGGGGGGACCCCCACCGCGGAGGAGCGAGUGGCCCAGGAGGCCCUGGAGGCCCUGAAGCUGGAGAAGCGGCUCAGCCUCCUCUCCCAUGUGGUCCGGCCGGGGAGCGGAGGGGACGACCGCAGCCUGUCCAGCUCGUCCUCGGAGGCCAGCCACUCGGACGUCAGUGCCGGCAGCCGGCUCACGGCGUGGCCCGAGCAGUCCUCGUCCUCGGCCGGCACGUCGCAGGAGGGCCCGGGGCCGGCGGCCACCCAGGCCCCCGGGGAGGCCGCGCCGGGCGCCUCGAGGCCGCCACCCAAGCCCCUGCGGCCGCGGCAGCUGCAGGAGGUCGGCCGCCAGAGCUCGUCGGACAGCGGCAUCGCCACGGGCAGCCACUCCUCCUACUCGGGCAGCUUCUCGUCCUGCGCGGGCAGCAGCCUGGACGUGUGGCGCGCGGGCGACGAGUUCGGGUCCUCGCUCAGCCUGCCGCCCGCGGCCGGGGUGCCCGACCCCAGCCUGUGCGCCUGCCCGCCGGGGACGGCCGAGUACCAAGUGCCCACUGCCCUGCGGCCACAUUAUGACACGCCACGCAGCCUGUGCCGGGACGCCAGGGACCAGACCGCCACCGCACAAGGCAGCCCCGACGACGGAGGGGCCGGGGACUUGGGUGGCCAGGCGUCCGCGGGGUGUCCCUCCGGCUGGCUGGGCGCGAGGCGGCGGGGACAGGCGGCGGAGGCCCCGGGCAGCGAGGCCCCCGGCGGGGCCUGGGAAGCAGGCAGUCCCCACGCGGGGCUUCCUCCGGCUUUCUUUUCCACUUGUCCCGUCUGUGGAGGACUCAAGGGAGCAGCUGCCCCACCCCCUGGGCUUCUGAUGACACGUUCAGGAGCCGCGGGGCCUGAGAGACCGUGGGGGGAGGUGCCCCCCUACGUGAACAUCCCCGUCAGCCCCUCCUCCAAGACGCAGCUGCACUACAUGGGCCUGGAGCUGCAGGGCGCCGGCGCGGGGGUCCGAGGGGCCGGCGCCUCCCGCUACACACAGAUCGACAUCACGGCCACCGAGGCGGCCCACAGGGCGGGGGCCCAGCACGCACAGACCCGGGAGGAGCGGCUGCCCGAGCUGGAGCAGAGGAGGAAGGGGGCCCCGCGGUGAGGACGGCUCCGCGCAGAGCAGGCCUCCCUCCUGAGGGCGGCGGGCGAGGGCACGGGGGGGCCCGUCAUCUUUGCCGCAUCCCCGGUGGUCUGGGCUCCGUGACGGCGGCCUCCUGGUCGCGACCCCACGCGCUCCCCGCCCCCGCGGUCACUGGCGCCCAGACCCAGCCUCCGUAAGUCACGCCGGAGCUCAGGCAGGUCAGGAAGGGCCAUGCGUCCAGGCGCCAGCUUGCGGCUGGUUACCUGGGCCGGCGCCACGUCUCAGCCGAAGGGGGCCGGGGGAUCGCAGAGCAGUUUCCGUGGCGCUGGGACGCAAACUGCCCCCGUUCCACGGGCGAGGUGGCCACCCGACUGAUGACAGACGUGUCCUCGGAAAACACGUGUCCCCAAGCCCCAGCCAGGCCGGACCAGGCCCCGCCUAUGCCGAGCAUCCUGCCUCCCCCCGGUUGCCCCCCCCCCCCCCCGCUCUGCAGCAGCCUCCAGCUGCGCCCCCUCCUGGGUCACCCCUGUCCCGUGCCGGGUGACGCCACCAACGAGCGCUGGGGGCAGGAGGACUCUUCCACCUUCAGACCUGUCCGGCUGCCCGCGUCGCCCCCACACGUGGUCACCUGACUGCACGGCUUCUUAAGACCCAUUACAGUGAGUCAUGUAAAUAGUUCAAAACUGUUAAUGUUCUAUUUUUAAUACGCACAUUAUUUUCCUGAA